GAGGGGGACCGCGCAGUCAGGGCCAGCCACUUGUCAGUGCUGCUCUGAGGCGGAGGCUGCGCUGCGCGGGUCCGGAGCUUCUUCUGUUUUCUGGAACUGCACGUUGAACCCUGGGAACCAUGAGCAACUACAGUGUGUCACUGGUUGGCCCAGCUCCUUGGGGUUUCCGGCUCCAAGGUGGCAAGGACUUCAACAUGCCUCUGACCAUCUCUAGCCUGAAAGAUGGUGGCAAGGCGUCACAGGCACAUGUCAGGAUAGGCGAUGUGGUCCUCAGCAUUGAUGGCAUCAGUGCAAAUGGAAUGACUCAUCUUGAAGCCCAGAACAAGAUUAAGGGUUGUACUGGCUCCCUGAAUAUGACUCUGCAAAGAGCAUCAGCUGCAGCCAAGCCCGAGCCAGUUGCUGUGCAGAAGGGCGAACCCAAAGAAGUAGUUAAACCUGUGCCCAUUCCAUCUCCUGCCGUAUCCAAAGUCACUUCCACAGCCAACAUGGCCUACAAUAAAGCACCACGGCCCUUUGGUUCUGUGUCUUCACCAAAAGUCACCUCCAUCCCAUCACCGUCGUCUGCCUUCACCCCCGCCCAUGCCACCACUUCAUCACAUGCUUCCCCUUCACCCUUGGCCGCGGUCACUCCUCCCCCAUUCUCUGCGUCUGGGCUGCAUGCUAACGCCAGUCUUGGUGCUGACCAGUGUCCACCUGCACCGAGCACUGGUAAACCUGCAGUCAAUGUCCCACGGCAGCCCACAGCCACCAGCGUGUGUGCCGAGUCUGCUCAGGAGCUAGCAGAGGGACAGAGAAGAGGAUCCCAGGGUGACAUUAAGCAGCAAAAUGGCCCACCAAGAAAACACAUCGUGGAGCGCAACACGGAGUUUUAUCACAUACCCACUCACAGUGAUGCCAGCAAGAAAAGGCUGAUCGAGGACACUGAAGACUGGCGCCCACGGACUGGAACGACUCAGUCUCGCUCCUUCCGGAUCCUUGCCCAGAUCACCGGGACUGAGCAUUUGAAAGAAUCUGAAAAUGACAAUACAAAGAAGGCAAAUAGCACUCAGGAGACUUCUCAGCAGUCAUCAGCCUCCUCGGGAGCUUCCCCGCUGAGAGCAUCUGAGACCCUGGAGAGCCCAGGCUCCAGCAGGCCAGGAGUGGCCGGUGUCAGAACUGCUGCCGCUUUCAAGCCUGUAGGAUCCACCAGUGCCAUCAAGUCUCCAAGCUGGCAGCGACCAAACCAAGCAGCACCUUCUACUGGAAGAAUUUCAAACAAUGCAACUUUGGGUACAGGGGCACCUGUGAACUCAGCUGUGGGGCCGCCCCAGCCAAGUGACCAAGACACACUCGUGCAGAGAGCUGAGCACAUUCCAGCAGGCAAGCGAACUCCUAUGUGUGCCCACUGCAACCAAGUCAUCAGGGGACCUUUCCUUGUGGCUCUGGGGAAAUCUUGGCAUCCAGAAGAAUUUAACUGUGCUCACUGCAAAAAUACGAUGGCCUACAUUGGGUUUGUUGAGGAGAAGGGAGCUCUGUACUGCGAGCUAUGCUAUGAGAAGUUCUUUGCUCCUGAGUGUGGCCGGUGCCAGAGGAAGAUCCUUGGAGAAGUCAUCAAUGCGCUGAAACAAACCUGGCACGUGUCCUGUUUUGUGUGUGUGGCCUGUGGAAAACCCAUCCGUAAUAAUGUUUUCCACUUGGAAGAUGGAGAACCGUACUGUGAGACAGAUUAUUACGCCCUUUUUGGAACAAUAUGUCGCGGAUGCGAAUUUCCCAUAGAGGCUGGUGACAUGUUCCUGGAAGCUCUGGGCUCCACCUGGCAUGACACCUGCUUUGUGUGCUCUGUGUGUUGUGAAAGUUUGGAAGGGCAGACGUUUUUCUCCAAGAAGGACAAGCCACUUUGCAAAAAACAUGCUCAUUCUGUGAAUUUUUGAAAAUCAACAGUUCCAGGAAAGAGAAGAAAUUUGAAGAAAAGGAGGAAAAUUAAAAUUACCAUUUAAUUUUUAGUUUUAAUAUUUAUAUGGCAUUCUAAAAUAAUAGUAUCCCUGAAGGGAUAAACUCCAACAUUAAAACCCAAGUCUGUGAGAAAACACUUGGCUUCAGAAAGCCCAGAUAGUUUGGCAUUUAUUAUGACUUGCCUGUAUUUUCUGCCCAUGAAAUGGCCUUUAUAAAAAUCAAUUUCCUGGCUAUUAAGUUUAUCUUAGAAUAAAUUAGCAAAGGAUUACAUUUUAGAAUUAAAAAUUCUUGCCUCUAUGCUGAAGUACACUUUCUUUCAUUGUCAGGUAGCUAUGAGAAUCCACAGAAGGCAAUAAAAGUGCCUUAAACUUUAUUAAUAAGAAUAAAUUGUUUAAUAACCUAUUUUUAUCUUUAGAAUAGUAAGUAUGGGUUUAAAUACAUUUUAUGAGUAGGAGGUAUCUUUUUUUUCUUUUUAGUAUGUGCACAUGCUUUGGUCUUAUCAUUGGUCUUUUCAGUAAGAAGGUCCAGGAGAGUUUUUGAUCCAAGUGUGUCAUGCCUGUAAGAGAUUUUGUGACCUCCUAUGUUCUCCUACAGGCUGCCAUGUUGUUUAAGGCUGCAGAUGCUGGCCCCUCUUCAGAUGGGGCAGUUUGUCUGCAUUGUGUGUGGCCUAGCACCUGGCCUACACUGCCAUCUUUCAUUCCGAGAUGAAGAUAGUUUAAUAGUGUUAGAUGCUAAUAGUUUUUACUCUCUUUUUAGAAGAGAGUAGGUAAAAGAUAAAGGAAUAGAAAUUGGAGGAAUGAAGCAAUUGUACCUGGAAAGUAUAAAGAACCACUUCCCCCUUACAGAUAAUGGACUGAUUAAUUUUUACAGUUGUGUCUCUGACUGAAGAUUUGAAAAAUCCUUACCCAGUAAUUUUUUUUUUUGGGAGGGGGGGGUUGGGGAUUAUGAUAAGAUCCAAGUCUGUGUUGUUACUGUGUCUUUUGCUUAUUUGGAGUUGUUCUGGGAUUUUGUUUGUUUGGUUUUUGUUUGGGAUUCUUUUCUGAGUUAGGCAACUUUUACUCUCUGGUGGUUGGUAGUACGGGGGAACCAUGAUGUAUCACUUACAUCGCCCUGCCAUCUGUUCUCCGUGAUUGGGCAGAGCAUUGUGCAGGCACCACUUGUAGUCAGGAGAAUGACCGUGAGACCACUGUGCAGUGUGGCUCACUGCCCAGGGAGAAAACACAUUAUGAGAUUUAUUAUUUUUCUCUUUGUUUCUACAGUGAAUGAAAGCCCAGGAUCCUGCUGGGGUAUAGGUUGAAUCUGUUGGGGACAAGGUGUUUUCAAAAUCCAGACAGAAUUCCUAGGUUCUUGCUGUCCCUCUCCUUACCCCAUCACUCAAGUGUACCUGUUCACCCAUUGUGUGUGUGUUGGAGAGGAGGUCUUAAACUACAGUAUUUGUUUAACCUCCCCAAGAACUUUCAAGGCAUCUGUCCUGAAAGCUGCUAAUCUAUGGUCUAGUAAAUUUAUAUUAAAUGCAGAUAAUAGUGAAUGGGGAGGGGGAAUAAAUGAACAGCAGGGGUGACACCAAACCUUUGCAAACCAAAAGCUUCUCCAGUAGCAGCCCAGACUACCUCCUCAUCUGUGCCAGUAGGGAGGCUGGGAGUGUCAUCUCUGGACCUUCGUGCCUUAGGUCUCGUUGCUGCUGCAGUGACCAAUAGCAGACUUGAUGGCUCAUGUGCAUUAUCUCAGAUCUCAAUGUCAGGCUUUGGCUUUAUACUGCAAAAUAAAUUGGUGAUUUUGUUUUGAUGUGAUAGUUUUGUUUUGUCUUUUAGAUGAUGUGCCAAGGUAACAUUUGAGAACAUUUGCAUAUUUGACAACAUUUGCCUAUUCAAAAAAUUUUCUUUGACUUGGAUUCCUUAUAAAGUUAUCUUUCUUUAAUGAAAUCAUUUUUAUUUAGCCUUUAAUGCUUUGUGUUAUUUGUGGAGCAUAAUGCUGCAUAUUAUAACACUAUUUCUCUAAAUUUAAUUUCUAAAAGACUGUUGUGGCUUCCUGAUUUGGCAUUGUGUCUUUAUUCUUUUCCUGUUUUAUGGCAAGUUUUGUAUCCAUUCCUAAAGCAGUGACUCCUGGGAGAUGAGUUCUGAUCCUAACGGGAAGAGUCUGCCUGCAGUGAGGACUGGCAUGCUUCAUUUACCAGCAUGGAUCUCUUAAGCCUGGCACAGCACUUUGCUCUGCUGGCGACCUCCCUGGGUAUUCAUUAUAAGUCUUCUAUGUCAGUAGCAUUCUUUAUUACGUUUUCACUGAAGAACAUUGAGUUUUCCUCAUGCUAGAUGUAUAUUUUGAAGGCUCCAAAUGGAAACCAUAGUGCAUGACUCUUAAUGUUCCUCAUUCGAUUUCUCAUUCUCAAGACUUUGAUGGGCCCAGAUUAAUACUGCUGCUCUAAUUGUUUGGGCUAACUGUUGCCUGCUGAGAUAACAAUCUCUGCCUGUAUUCCUGGUGACUCCAUGUUUCCCGUUGGUGUGGUGGCCUUCCCCAUGUAAAACUAAAGCCUAAUUGUUUGACCAUAGUAUGAAAACAAAAGUAAUCAUUUAUCCUUUGAAUACUGAUAUAAAACUAUGUUUAAAAUUAUCUACAACAAAAUGUACUCUUUUCCAGGAACUUUAGGUUAGAAGAACUUCCAUAGAAAAGCAAUUGCUGCAGUGUGAAUCUGUGUGGCAUUAAAUUUUUGGCAUUUGCAGUUCAAUCAUCUCCAUUGGAGUGGAGGAAAACGUAUGAGAUAGUCUUAACACAAAUAUACCCUCAUUUCAUUCUGUCCUUCACCUCCAAAUGUCUAAGGUGUUGGAAUUAGAUGCUUUCUGUGUAUGCUGUCUUUUGUGUCUUUGCAUUUUUAAGUUUUUGUAUACCUGGUCUUUUGCUUUUUGAUGUUUUCUAAUUAAAAACAAAUCACAUGAGAAUUGUAAUCGGUAUAGUGAUACUUUAAUGAGCACAUACUCAAUAAACAACAGCAAUGACGGCAA